AAUAGAAAAAAGCAGAAAGUAGAGAAACAAGAAUGGCUGCAAAUCUAAGGAACAAUGCUUUCUUGUCUUCUCUCAUGUUGAUUCUCUUGAUUGGUUCCUCGUACGCAGUCACAAGCUCAGAGAUGAGCACAAUUUGUGACAAAACUUUGGACCGAGCUUUCUGUCUUAAAUUCCUCAAUUCGAAAUCCGCAUCUCCUAAUAUUCAAGCCUUGGCAAAAACCACACUUGAUGCCACACAAGCAAGAGCAACACAAACAUCCAAAAGGCUUCAAUCUAUUAUUGAUGGAGGCGUCGACCCACGAUCCAAGUUAGCUUACAGGUCAUGCAUGGAUGAAUACGAGAACACCAUUGAAAACCUCGAGGAAGCUUUUGAGCAUUUGGCAUCCGGCGAUGGCUUGGGGAUGAAUAUGAAAGUUUCAGCUGCUUUGGAUGGAGCUGAUACAUGUCUAGAUGAUGUGAACAGACUGAAAUCAGUAGAUGCUUCUGUUGUGAAUAACAGUAAGGGAAUCAAGAAACUCUGUGGUAUUGCUCUUGUUAUCUCUAACAUGUUACCACGUAGAUCUUAAUUUGGAACAAUCAUCAUGUGUUUGCACUGAUUAAACUGUAUUGUUGGUAAGACGUCACUUGAAUUAUUAUACUAAAUAUUAAAA